UGAUGAACAUCAGUCUCCGACCAAGCGUUGAACUAGACGGACGGUCAGUGACAGGAGCGUUCACAACUAUCGCAAAAUGAUAUUCAAUAUUGUAAAUCUGUUACGAUGGAGUUUUCCAUUGGUCAGUCUUGUGUGUUUGGCAGUGCAAAAUGUAGUAGCGCUCGAACUGGGUGAAAGCUGUGUAAAUCCGCUAGGAGAACCGGGACAGUGUAUUCCCUUCCGAGAAUGCAAACCAAUCGUCGACAUCUACUAUAAACCAAUCAAUACUCCGAACGAAAUAGAGUUUCUAACUCAGACCAGGUGUGGUAUGUUGCAAAGGAAAACUUUGGUAUGUUGUGCAGCGACCAGUCAGAGAUCUUCGUUGCCAGAGACUCCAAACUGUGGCAUGCAAAUGACCGAUCGUAUCGUUGGUGGCCGAAUUGCAAAGAUCGAUGAGUUUCCGUGGACAGCGUUGAUCGAGUUUCGGAAGGGAGAUGGAAGCUUUGAUUUCCAUUGUGGAGGAACACUUAUCAAUGAGCGUUAUGUUGUUACUGCUGCUCAUUGUGUCAUGCCAACAAAUAGUAAGUGGAAGGUCCAUCGUGUACGUCUCGGUGAAUGGGAUUUAGCUACGGUCACUGAUUGUCAGGAGGAUAUAUGCUCCAAAGCACCGAUUGAUCUGGAUAUCGAGGAGAUUGUCGUUCACAAAAAAAUUUACUCGAAGGAUCCGAGCAAUGCCAACGAUAUUGCGCUGAUUCGUUUCACUCGGCCGGUACAGUACUCUGAAACAAUACGACCAAUUUGUCUUCCUUUAAGUGAAUCGCUUCGUAAUCGUGAUCAUGUCGGACAUACAGCUCAUGCUGCUGGUUGGGGUAAAACGGAAACUGGAACGGCGAGCGAGAAAAAGAUGGUAGUUGAGAUGAACAUCACAAGCUUAGAAGAGUGUGCAUCAGUUUAUCAGCGCCUUAGAAUCUCGGUGAAAGCAACACACAUGUGUGCCGGAGGUGUGCGGGGAAAGGACGCGUGCAAUGGAGAUUCGGGUGGUCCUCUGAUGCGUCAGCAUGCAGGUUCGUGGUAUUUGAUCGGUGUGGUCAGCUUUGGAUUGAAGGCAUGCGGCACGGCUGGUGUACCGGGUGUGUACACGAACGUGGCAGAGUAUGUUGAUUGGAUACAGGACAAUAUCGACUAGAACAGCAGACCAUUAUUUACCGUGCAUGCGCAACGUGACAUGUGGAGCAGGGGUGACAUGUGGAGCUCUUUGGACUGAAUAUAUCGCCAAGCUGCUUCGAAGGAUGAUGUUCUGAGAUGUGCAAUAAAUCUGAAGAAAUAUCGUCAUGUGUUCAAGAA